GCUCCGUCUUCAACAGCGUGCAAGCACCGUUUCAUGCAUCCUAGGAAAGCCCUCUGCGGCAACCUCAACUCCCCCUUCCCCUAGCGUCCUCAACGUUGACGGAUAAUGACUGAUCAACACCACACAAACCCGCCCUUUGAGGGCCCAGAAAAGCUGCUCGAGAUAUGGUUCGCGCCAUCGCCAGCCCAUGUCCCUGGCGCGGACGCAGCACCUGAUGGCAAGCACGGUCUGAGGAAAGUAUCUCGGCAGGUCUGGGAUGAGGUACUCGCUAUCGUAAAGUGCCAGGUGCUCAGUGUUACCUAUGGAGAGGAAAUCGAUGCCUAUCUCUUGAGUGAAUCCUCGCUCUUUGUCUCACCCCAUCGCCUCAUCCUCAAAACAUGCGGCACGACGGUCAACCUCCUAGGCCUCCCCCGCAUCCUCGAGGUCGCGCGCGAGCACGCCGACCUCCCGAGCGUCUACCGCCUCUUCUACUCCCGCAAAGCCUUCAUGUUCCCCGAGCGCCAGCACGGCCCGCACCGCGACUGGCGCGACGAAGUCAAUUUCCUCGACGACAUCUUCUCCAACGGCGCCGGCUACACCGUCGGCAAGGUCAACGGCGACCACUGGCUGCUCUACAUCACCAGCCCCGGCGACGACUCGCCCAACGCGUCCCUCGCGAACUCGAUGACCGAGGCCGCGGACAGCACUGUCGUCCGCGACUCCGAAAAUCCCGACGAGACGUUCACCGUGCCUGAUUAUACCAUCGAGAUCCUCAUGACGCACCUCGCUGCUGAGGCGCGCGAGCCAUUCUUCACGCCCGACACGCCAGAUCUCUCGCCCUCCGAGAACGCACUAUCGCUUUCCUCCAGCAUCGGCAUCAGCGAGCUUUUUCCCGCUCACCUCACCACCCUCGACGCCUACUCCUUCACGCCAUGCGGCUACUCCUCCAACGCCCUCAUAAAAUGGGGCUCCCAGGCCGGCGAAGGUGCCGAGUCAGACGAAGGGGGCGAGGGCUACUACACCAUCCACGUCACCCCCGAAGAGGGCUGGUCCUACGCCAGCUUCGAGUGCAACGUCCCGCUGCCGACCACGCCGACCAACAAGGCCGGCAGCAUCCCCGACCUGAAGACGCUCAUCCGCCGCGUCGUGAACAUCUUCCGCCCCGGCCGGCUCACCCUUACGCUCUUCAUCUCCAGCGAGGACAACAGCACCGCGGAAGAGGAGGACGGGCUGAGCGCGAUCGAGGCUGCGCAGCGGGCGUUCAAAGCGGCGCUGACGAACCCGGCGGCCGUGCAGAACGGUGUCAACGGCGCGGACGGGGUCGCGCUCAAGCCCGGCGUCUACAAGAGGACGGACAAGAUCAACUAUGAGUUUGGUGGAUACGACUUGGCUUUUGCUACUUUCGAGCUGCGUUCGUGAAAAGUAUCACCUUUACUGUCUUGACAUAUUUCUCGUGCAAGUCUGUACAAUAUGUACCUCCAGCGUUAGGUAGAGCUUGCUGUCACAUGUACGAUUAGUCCUUGAAUAUUGUAACGAACCGCUCCAUCGAUGUGGUGCCGGAACUCCUCUCCUAC